AUGCUGGAGGCGGUGGGGAAGGUGCUCAGCUUCGAGGAACGGCAGAAGGUCUCUGAAGACCUCAAGGAGUCGGGCGACGACGACCACGAGGCUGAGGCGAUUGUAGCAACAGCCCCCCCAGGCAGCGCAAGAGCCACAGGUGACAUGGCAGCAGCAGCGGCCGCAGCAGCUCUAAAACCCCGCGGAGGGGGCAGCUCGGGCAGCACAGCAGCCGCCGCAGCAGACGACAACCCCCUGAAGAACAAGACCAUGGCGGAGCUGAGCGCGCUGGCCGUGGGUGUGACUGUAGAGCGCGUGCCUCUAUCAGGGUUCAUGGGCGUGGAUGGACGGCUGGGGAUCACGGAUGGGAGUUGCCAGGCCACGUCUGGGGAGAGGGAUUGUCUGCCGCAUGGCAUCUGCAUCAACGGCAAAUGCCGGUGCACCCUCCCCUACCAAGGUGACUUCUGCCGCUCUGCACGGCGUCCCUUUGUGCGCAAGAAGUCGACCUACGACGGCCGCUUUGUGCUGAGCGUGAGGCACGUGCGCAAGGCACACGGGGUCAAGUACCCUCUCACGCCCUCCCCGGGCUCCUACGCUGCUACCAACGCCGCAGCUGCUGGCACGGAGGGAGGCGCGGAGGAGGAGAAGGAGAAGGAGGGUGAGGGCGCCGCGUUUUUCGAGGCGCCGUUUUUCACUGCGGGGAAGGUCAACCGCGUUGUGUGGGGCAAUCUGCAAAAGGGCAACCUGAUGGAGCUGGAGCCCAUGGUCUCGCAGGCGCUGUUGGAGCAUCUGCCAGGCAGCGACCUGCUGCAGAACGCCCUGUUCAACUCGUGUGCCAUCGUGGGCAACUCGGGCUUUAACCUGCUCUUCCGGGACGGGCAGCUGAUCGACAGCCAUGACGCUGUGUUCCGACUCUUUGAUGGCCCCACUGUGGCGCGCAGUGGGGAGGGCGCAGCAGCAGUGGCAGUAGACUUUACAGCGUUUGUGGGGAAGAGGGCCACCAUGCGAGUGGUGGAUGAGGACACCAUCGGGUUCAGCGAGGGAGGCGAAAUCACCCUCAUGAACGUCGCCUCUAAGAAGGGCUUCUAUGGGCAUUUCCAGUUCCUGAACGAGCAACCGGACGCCAAGUCGUUCCUGUUCGACCCCGAAUUCGCCACACACGUCACUGACAACAUCGGUCCCAUGCCCUCCCCCCUCGCCAUGACGCUCUUCCUCGCUCUCCAGAAAUGCGCUUCUUUGGACGUGUUUGGGGUGCACUGGCGACCAGGAUACGGAGUGCCAGAGCUGUACUAUAGAGAGACGGACUCUGACGCGGAUGUGGUGUACCAGCAGCCAGCCGACCUGCAGCUAGUCGAGACCCUUGCUCGCCUGAACCUGGUGGGGCUGGGGCAGCCGUGUGUGAUUGGCUGUGAGGCUGAGACGCGCAUUCGCUGCGACUCCUGCUCUGCUGGCAGCUCCUGCGCCUGCGGCCGCCACAACCCGCUGCCCGUCGCGCUGCCCGGGUUCUGCCACCUGCCCGGAAACUACACGUGCUUCUUCCGAUGCGACGGGAAGUGGGGCAACGCAUGCCAGGGUGGGCCUGGCAGCAGCCUCUGCCCGGACGACUUUGACAUCACCGGGCGGCAGUGCUCCACGCCUGCAGAUACGCCUCCCCCAGAUGAGGCCCCGUGGUGGGCGCGGCGCGGGUCGAUGCGCGAGUUUGACUCCAAGUUUGAGCGCGCGUACCGACAGCUGCGGAAGCAGAAGAUUCGAGAGGCCAAGGAGAGAGCCAGGACUGCCAGGGCUGCACGGCUGAAGAAGAGAGAGGAGAGAAGCAUGCGCCAGCAUGGGAAUGAAGCCAGGCCAGGAGAUUCAGGUGCUUCAGGUAGUUCAGGUGGUUUUUCAGGUGGCACAACAGAGGAGCACGUGUGCUGGACGUCAUCUGGAGACUACGAGGCUCCAUCAGGUGUGGUGAUUCACGGCCCAGGCUGCUCUGCCUGCCUGCGCGGGCAGCGCUGCUCCUUCCUCGUCUCCAUCCGCGCGCCCGCGCACUGGAUAGCGCCGGAGCAAGCAGACAAGGGCAGCAAGCACACGUGGUGGCAGCGGGAUCUCUCUCUGCUCCUCCGCGGCCCAGCGCUCGCCCACGGGGACGUGCGGUGCCUCGACCCCCCGCACUGCUUGGAACUAUCAGUUGCAUACCGCGUGUGGGACAUCGGGGAGUAUUGGGCAACUCUGAACGUCGGUUGUGCCAAUCUCAACUUCUCAGCAGCUUCCUUGCACCAUCUGCACUCCACGCAGCAAAACACCCUCACUUCCUGGCCAAUAACAAUCCACCCUCGCUUCCGACCUAACUCCCCGAGCCUAGCUGCCAAGCCUGACCUAGCUGGCGGCCCGAGCCUACCUGCCGAACCUCCGCACCAAGCCUCUGGUGCUCCAAACCUGGGCCCCACGCUCGGCAGCUCGCCUCUCCGAACCUCGCUGUUGGAGUCGCCACCUGCAGAGGGCGGCUUGCCCCGGGCCUUGGAAGUGGGGAGGAAGCUUCCUGAGAGCCCCUGUGCUGCUGCGUCGGUGCCAGGAAGAUGGGUGAAGGAGGAGGGAGGAGAGGGUUACAGUUGGUCAUUCUUCCCCUGCUCGCCUAAGGAGCUCCCGCCCUCUCAGUGGAUCUCAGCCCUCGAUCGCCGCGGCAUCCGGGAGAUCUCGAUCGUCGGCGAUUCGCAUCAACGGUUCCUGACAGCCCACCUGUUUUUCCUGCUCACGGGGGAAGACAUGACUGAGAUGGAGAAAGGGCGUACUGUUAACGAGAGUCGGGUGUACAUCGCAAGAGAUGAGAUUAAUAGAACUCUGAAGAUCAACUUUUACUGGAUUGCUGGAGUCUACGAGGACUGGGAGUAUGGCUGCAGCCACCCACGCGCUCUCAACCGCACAGGACCCUACUCCCGGAAAAGGCAGGGUGGUUUUCCGCACUAUCCCGUCUUUUCCCCUUAA